UUCGGUACUUUCGAGGCGAAAGGUCGCAGUGGGAGGAGAGCCAACACUCACAACGAGAUAAUUUCCUCGUGUUUUCGCUCACGGUAAAUUCUGCUCGAAUUCGUCAAAGUCAGAACCUUUGAUUCCCACCACAUUCGUAGGAUUUUGGGAAGAUAACUUAGAAAUUCUUGUUGUAUUUUUAAUGGUGGAGCCGCGCGAAGAUAACUUAGAAAUCCUUGUUAUAUUUUAAUGGUGGAGGGCCGCGCGAACGCGAGCCCUCCGCUGCCACAAAUUAUGACGUGCAUUUUCCCCUUGGGGAAAUGCUACGACUUGCCCAGCCGUAGUGCAAUGGCGAGGCUCAUCGUAGGUCAUCGCCCUUUCGGAUCAGCGAUAGGCCCCGCCCAGGUAAGUAUGUUUCCCUCUCUGCGUAGGCCGAUAUUAUUAGACUCCACGAGGUGCUCUGCGCCCCACGCGUAUGGGUUUAUUCAUCCGCAUCUCAGCGUGACGGCGACAAACAGCGCGAGCGGGAAACUUGAGACAUUGCGAUUUUCUGAUAUGCUCCCCGCUAGUAAGAACGCUUCGCGGCUGGAUCUGCAAGAGCUGAGGUAG